UAACUGUACUGUUCACAACGCCGUUCUGGCAACUUCAGGUUUGGCCUUUAGGUGGCAGUAAGAGGCGCGGUCCUCAGGUUUGUGACCGAGUGUUGAAAAAACGAAGGAGAUUGUGUAAAGAAGCGGUGUUUAAAUAAAAGAUCUGUCACACACCUGUAAAAACCGGCCACUCUCCUUUCAUUUCAGCAUAGAAUCCACAUUUCAGAAAUGCAGGCAGAUGGAGGAGAGGAGAGCCCCAACCUGCAGGGGGCAGCAGCAGCUUCUUCCCCUUCAGUAAAGCCUGUUUGGGCUUUGCUGGAAGAAGCAGGCCAAAUGAAGAUGGAGGGGAACGCUUUCUACCGGGAAAAGAAGAUCCGUGCGGCUGUCGGCCAUUAUCACCGCGCUCUGUUGGUUCUUCGAAGCCUGGACUCCGAGGUGACAUCGGCGUUGCAAGGAUUUGGACCUGAGAGGCCAGCUCUCACGGCGGAGCAAGAGACAUUGCUCAGAAACACACAAGUGGACUGCUACAACAACUUAGCUGCCUGUUUGCUGCAGAGGGAGAGUGUCAACUAUGCACGCGUCCAAGAGUACAGCUUGCGGGUGUUAGAGAGGCGACCGGAUGAUGCAAAAGCGCUGUACAGGGCCGGCGUGGCCACUCUGGAGCUGGGAGACGCGCAAAGAGCCAAGCAGUACCUGACACAGGCCUGCAAGGUGCAGCCUAAUGAUGCCAACGUCAGGAGAUAUCUGCAGAGGGUGGAGGAGAACCUCAGCCGUGCGUUACUCCAGGAGAAGGCCAUGUACAGAGGCAUGUUUGCCUCCAGCACAAACAGCAGCUCUGCAGAUGCAGAAAGGGACUUGGCUCAAGUUCAGGAGCUUUCAGACAAACUGAAGAACCCUAUGGAAUGAAAACCCCAAUGCUCUGAUGUCACCUUGUCUUAUGUGUUGCUGAGGUGAGAGAGGGACACCAGUAAUCGUGCGUUUAAAGUGACAAAAAUCAGUAAAGUUUCUGAUAGUAGAGACCUACAAGUGUGUUCCCUAGCAACAGGGAGAACUUGGGUUUAGCUUAGAAGAUCAGACGCGUUCACAGAGCUGCCUGGGAAACCUAAAAAGAGACUUCACACACCAUGCUAGCUCGAAUUUGUGCAUUUUUAACCCAACUACUUUUUACAACAAUAAAUUCUGCUCAAGCCAACGCUGCUGUCAAAAAAUGUCAGUCAAGCUGGUGUGUGUAUUUAUGACACAAUGUUUGUUUCGUUACAGCUUUAUUAAUUAUGAGCCAUCAGAAGCUGCAUUUAGUUCACACUCAACAUUUCUUUCAAAAUCCUGAGCAUAUGCUAGAUAAAAAGUUUGGUUUUGGUCAACAUUUGGCCAGUAUGAUUGUACUUCAGAGGCAUGAUUGCCAAUAAUUAAAGAAGAAUAUCACAUCCUAACAGUAACUGAUCACUGGUCACAGAGCAGCAUGCAUAACACAUAUACCUGUACAGUACAUUCAUACUCAGGAGGUACAGCAGUCAAGUCGUCGCUAACCAACGCCAUUAUGUUCACUGCAUUUUCACUAUUACUGUAUCUACUAUUGCCUAGGUUAGUGCUCCACAACACUUUACAGAAAUGUACACAAGAUGUUGAUUUGGGUCUUUGCAUCUUCAGACCCUGAUAGUUCACAUUCUUCUCUCUGUGGACUUUUAACAGAGAUCCCUGGCUGCAUCACUUUAUUAAACAAGAUUCAGUGCAGUCAUUAAGUUCCCGACCCGUUUUGAAGCAAUACAUUUUAUGGAUUAAUGUGCCUGAGAGGAACGUCCAUCUGCAGAGUGGUUGAUGGGAGAACCUGUAUUCAAUGUCUCUUGUCCAAAAGCAAUACUCUUAUUACAUUUAAAUUGAAUUUCAACACAUGACAGCUGAACAAAUGUCACUUAGAUGGUUUCUGUUUGAGGCUUAAGGACCUCAUGGACCCAAAGACUCGUCUCCCCAAGUCCCUCAAGGACCGAGAACGUUGGAGGGGCAGCCUGGGAGGUGGGGAUGGAGAAAAGGAGGGAGAGGAAAGAGGAGACAUGGAGUGACAGCUGCUCUCCAGGCUCUGAGAGCAGGAAAGGUUAAAAAGGCUGGCGGUGGACAAGAGGUGCUUGUCCUCCUUUGCUCUCAGGAGUCUGCCGCCUUCGUCUCUGCCUGCACUCAUAGCACUUUGCCCCACGUCGAAGGAGGAGACCCAGUUUGCCUGCCGAGUGGGCUCGUCGUGGUUGUGAGGCACCAGCAAGCCCUGGGACUCGCUCCUGAACAGAGCCCUCCUGGACAACCUGACGCUGGAGCUCCGUCUCUCCCCACACUCUUUACCCCUCUUCUUGGAGAAGAUAGGUGAGCUCUCUACUUUUGAUGCCACCUUCACCCUUCUCUGUUCUCCCCUCCAGCUCCCGCCAAUGUUCCUUGUCCAACCGUAGCCAUACUCUGCCCUGUCCAUCUCCUCCCUUUCCAUCAAUGUGUCUUUGCCCCAGAAACGCCCCUCAAAGGCUUUCCUAAGUUUGCUGGACGUCUUUCUGCACAAUCGGGUCUCCUCAUCCUCACCCCAAGCGGCGCCAUAAUCCUCCCUCUUGGCAUAGCUGCUCACGGUUGCUGCCCUUAUCAGCUUGUGAGACGCAUGCUUGCCUCUGUAGAGCCCGUCCCCCUCCGCCCUAUUCCAGCCCCCAUCAACCCCGCUUCCUCCCCCGCUGUGUCGAAGGGAUCCACCCCUGGGAUGGACACCGACGUAUUCCACAGGCGACGUCCUGGUCGUCGCACGGGGCAGUGAACUCUGGAAAGGGGCGUCUCUUCGGAAUACAGAGA